AUGACAGGCAUUCAGCCUAGAACAAAGAUAAGUCUUCUUUGGCUGUUACUCUGGUAUAGCUGCUUGCAGACACUUGCUGCUCCAGGCAUAAAAGGAGCAAGGCUUGGGUAUGAAGACUCAAAGGGCCCUCGCUGCACGGGUAUAGAAGAGGGAAUGACACAACAACUUGUACCCUAUAUCUGGCUCAACACCGGUAAGAAACAGCAUUCUUCCUGGGAGACCUCAUUAUAUGGUAUAAUUAAGAUGGCUAAGAGACAGAAGAAGUAUAGCAAGAAACAACAGCCCAUGCUCUAUAUCCCAGCUUUUGGCUCAUGA